GAUAUUAACAUAAGAUAAAAGGGGCAUUUUUGCAACAAACUAACUAACGGAACUACGCUAAAAGUCAGUACUAUUAUCUCCGCCGCGCUCGCCACCGCAAUGUCCGCCGUAUCACCGUCCCCAUCCAUCCUACUAGCUUCCACAAAACCCUCGAACGAAACCCACAAGACAAUCAUUAUCCCCUUCAUAAAAAAACCCACUAUUCCCACUAUACAGUGCGAGUUCAGAAGCUUCGAGAAUAAUUCCUCCUCUUAUCAGAACUUGAUCGCUGACUCAAGUAAUCGCAUUCACAUUAUUUUUAAACCCCCAUCGUCUUCUCCUCUCACAACGGCUUCAUCUAUGGACCUUUCAAUCAAGCAUUCGAAAAGGGUUUGCCUUUUUUACUGCUCGGAAAUGAAGGAUCUUGCUGAAAGAAUAGCAUCAGCAUCUGACAGUAUUGAGCUCCGUGGAAUUACCUGGAGGACAUUCGAAGAUGGAUUUCCCAACUUAUUCAUAUCUAAUGCUCAUGGAAUUUGUGGACAGCGUGUUGCUUUUCUUGCUUCAUUUAGCUCUCCUGGAGUUAUCUUUGAACAACUGUCUAUCAUCUAUGCACUGCCAAAGCUCUUUGUCUCAUCAUUUACACUUGUCCUGCCAUUUUUCCCAACGGGCACGUUUGAGCGUAUGGAGGAGGAAGGAGAUGUUGCCACAGCUUUUACACUAGCCAGGAUCUUGUCAAAUAUUCCCAUUUCAAGGGGUGGACCCACCAGUUUGGUAAUUUUUGAUAUCCAUGCCUUACAGGAGAGAUUUUACUUUGGAGACAAUAUUUUACCAUGCUUUGAAAGUGGUAUACCUUUGCUCUUAAAUAGGCUCCAAAAGCUCCCCGACUCUGACAAUAUUGCCAUAGCCUUUCCAGAUGAUGGUGCAUGGAAACGAUUUCACAAGCAGCUGCAACACUUUCCAACAAUUGUUUGCAUCAAAGUUAGGGAAGGUGAUCAACGUAUUGUACGCCUUAAGGAGGGAGACCCGAAGGGACGUCAUGUUGUGAUAGUGGAUGAUCUUGUACAGUCAGGUGGCACACUAUUAGAGUGUCAGAAAGUUUUGGCCAACCAUGGAGCUACAAAAAUUAGUGCUUAUGUGACGCAUGGAAUUUUUCCGAAUAGUACUUGGGAGAGGUUUAAACAUGAUGCUGGAGGGAAUCCCGAAAAUGGAAUGACUUACUUCUGGAUCACAGACUCGUGCCCACGAACAGUUAAGCAGGUGGAAAACAAAUCCCCAUUCGAGGUUCUAAGCCUUGCUGCUCCCAUUGCAGCUGCACUCCAGGUUUAACUGUGGAUUUGGAAGUUAUUUUUGAGUGCUCACAUUCUUUCUUUUCUCCAAGAGCCGAAGGCAUAUAGAGAUAAGGUAGAAACUGCGGCUUCACGGCGACAUAACACUUCCAUGUUUAAUGUUCGUCAGAUAUGGUCAAGUGGAUUCAUAAGAUCGUGUACAGAGUUAUUGGAGGGAUUUCAGCACAUGUAUAUGCUUAAUUUCAAUGGUUACUUUCACUGAAAAUAACAAAGAAGUUACAUUUUGUAACAUACUUAUUUUGUGUACUGCUUCGGUUCUCAUCUUACGAAUGGAACCUGUCGAUUGCAUGUGUAAA